AGCCGAAGCCAGGAAUCCCGUCCAGGUCUCCCACACGUGUGCCAGGAGCCCAAGCACGUGGGCCAUCCUCUGCUGCUUUCCCAGAGACAGAGAGAGACGAGAGAGAUUGUUCCUCUGCUGGUCCAUCCCCCAAAUGCCUGCAAUCCCCAGAGUUGGGCCUGGUGAAACCGGGAGCCUGGAGUGAAACCCGAGUGCCGUGUGGGUGACGGAUCCAGACACGUGAGCCGUCGCCCGCUGCCUCCUUCCUGCGCGUUUGCAGGAAGCAGGAUCCAACGGGGAGGGGCUGGGACUUGAGCCAGGCACUGCAGUAUGGAAUGCGACACCCCAAGUGGAACUCAGCUGCAGCCCGGGAUGCCCACCCCUGCCGUCCGCUCUCUGGCCUGCAGCGCAGAGUGGCUUCCAUAGCGGGACAUGUUAGUGUGUUCUUCAGCGCCUGCUUGUUGGGGGAAUAACAGCCGUUUGGCUUCUCACCUGUGUCAAUCUGGACAUCGCCUGAGCUUGGGACUCUACAGCUGUCCCCUCAGCUCUGGCGAGGAGCGCGUGGCGUCGUCAGGAUCGCUCCUCUCCCCUGCGUGCGCUCGCUCCUUCUCUCUGUCUUCUGUAGUCUUUGCCUACACGGAGGGUGCACGGCCUCCCAAAGGCCGGAUGAGGAAACAACACUGAGGUGUGCAGGUGGCUGCUCCCUUGCCCUUAGGAACGUGCCCGUUCCCCUCAGAACUGAUUCGUGUCCGAUCGGGAAGCCAGAGUUUGCAGAAAAUCCCCGAAAGACCCGGCAGGACGUUUUUGACAGAUUGGUGUCUCCCGCUUGGACGAUCCGGGGUGAACACUCCGGGUUCCAGACCAGCAUCCGGGCCAUUGUGACCCUCAGAAUGCAAAGGGUCAGAAAGUGGGUUCCACUGCAGCCGUCCCGGCGAUGGGAGGAAGCCAGGAGGAACAACAGGCUCUCCAUGCAUCCGCUCCGGCCUUCGUCCCCUGUAACCCCGCAGGCCAGCAUGGGGACAGCCAGCAACAACCCCCCCGGGCUCAAGUUUCCCCCCCUCGCCGCAGGCCAGCUGAAGAGCUACGCUCACCCUGACGUCCUGUGCCGCACCUUUGAGACUCUGUCUAACCUCCACGUGCUGCUCCCAAGUCAUCUGACGGAGAGACUGUGUUCCUACAAGAGUGAAGAAGACAAGCAAAAAUGUGAGGAUCCUGAAUUCUCCGGCUUGGAAAAGAUCUUGUCAAAGUAUCGGCUGCCAGAAGAGGUCCACCUGACCCCAAAGCCGAGCAGAAUGCCCUCUUGGAAAAGGAAAGCCAUCAACAGUCUAGGUGACGGGUGGAAGAAAUGCCACUUGUGGAAAAAGAACACAAAGGAGCCUCCAAUGUCCACCAUCGUUGUCAGAAUGUUUACUCAAGAAAUUACUCCGAGAAGACACAGCCUAAGAAAAGUUCAUAUAAUCAGGAAACUGAGAAAAAACGGCGACCAUAGCAGAGGAGCCGCAGACAGGAAAGUUGCAGUGCCUUCUGGGUAUGCGGGACUUCCCUGAAGCCCAUAAUUCUAAGCAAAGAACACCCAACCCUGUUGUCUGAGGACGACUCAUCUCCCUGCACAAAGCAAACCACAGAUACCAUAGGAAUAGGAGUGAUGCUAAAACUACAAUUUUUGAAUGAAGCAAAUAAAGAAAGAAAAGUAGGAACAACUCCCCAGCAGGUGACGCUACCUGAGUGUUGAUAGCAUUUUUUUUGGUGGGCCGGUUGAACAUGAUCUUCGUGAU